AUGGUGGAUACUAACGCAGAAAAUUACGUCAAUGAGGAGUCUGUCGAGUUAUCUUGGGCGAUUGCCGCAUAUGAUCAUGCAGAGGUCCAUUAUGAUAUUCUCUCUGCGGUUCCAGAUGCUAAGAUUCUACGGCUGUCUCCUUUUGAUGAUAAAAUAUACGCUGCCUUUUGUAAAGCUUUUCCCGAUUUUGAUGUAGAUCGCUUCACGGAAGACGAUAUUAAAUCAGAUGAGAAGAAAGUGCUCUGGCGAGAAUUUUGUGACAGUUUCGAAGGAGUUGUCGAUGACUUCAAUCGUGGAACUCUCCUUAGAUUGGAUUCCUCUCAAGAAUAUUCUGAAACCAAUACCUGCAUCGUGCCUCGAGUUCAGUAUCUUGCUAUUGAGAUUGCACGAAAUCGACGAGGCAUCAACAACCAAAUACACAAAGUGAGACACGGAUCUUGA